UGGAAGUGGACGAUAUUGAUUCACGAGAACCACAAGGAUGACGAAUUUGAAAAACGAAUUAAUUAUCGAAUCGUCACCCGUGCCCUCGGGGCAGGGCAGCAACGAGGACGGAUUGGACUCAAAGAGUCCCCCAAGUUGGAGCUCUGCAUGGCUAAAGACAACUUCAUUAUCGGCCUCUUCAGGUCCUCCUUCCCAGCGAUCUAGUAAAAUAAUAACAGCGGAUGCAGAGCCUCAACAGAGCCGGGCAAUAGGAACAGUUGUUGAGGAAGGAGCAACGGCAAACCAGAUCAACGAUGCAGAAGAAACUCGGAGUCGUUCUGGCUCUUCUAGUUCUACUACGAGUAAGGAUCUUCAACGUGAUAGAGCUGAUUCC